AUGGCUGACGGACUAUUGAAGGCGGAGAAGGACUUCUCCAAGGAUGCUGACAAGCUAAUUCCCGAGGCCGAGCAGAUCGCCAAGACCGAUGCUCAACGCGCUAUUGACAGUCUGCUCGGACUGGAGAAACAAGCAAGACAGGCCUCUGAUCUCCCAACUACAUCCCGUCUUCUCGUCGCUAUCGUAACGCUCAGCAAAAACUCCGGAGACUGGAGCCUUCUCAACGACCAAAUCCUUCUUCUCUCCAAGAAGCAUGGCCAGCUUAAACAAGCCAUUACAAAGAUGGUGCAAGUGGUAAUGGGAUUCUUGGAUGAGACACCCAGCAUGGAUGUGAAGUUGUCUGUCAUCGAGACCCUCCGGACUGUGACUGAGGGAAAGAUCUUUGUCGAAGUCGAAAGAGCCCGCGUCACCCGCAUCUUGUCGAAUAUUAAGAAAUCCCAAGGCGAUCUCAAUGCCGCCGCUGACACCCUCUGCGAACUGCAAGUCGAGACAUUCGGAUCCAUGACCAGAAGAGAGAAAACCGAAUUUAUCCUGGAACAAGUGGCCCUUUGCAUAGAGCGUGGCGACUGGACACAAGCAACUAUCCUGAGCCGCAAGAUCAAUAGGCGUUACUUCAACCGCAAGCCGAAGAAGAGCCCCGAGGAGAUCGCGAAGCUCAAGCAGGAAGCCGAGGAGAGGGAGAAGACCCGUGCUCCGGAUGAGCCCCCGAUGGAAGUUGAUGACGACGUAACGGAUCUGAAGCUCCGCUACUAUGAACAACAAAUCAUCCUUUCGAACCACGAUUACAAGUACCUGGAUGUGUGUAAACAUUAUCGCGAAGUGCUGGAUACAGAGUCGGUACAGAACAACCCAGAACAGCUGCGAGCAGUCCUUGCCCGGAUUAUCUACUACAUCAUCCUGUCUCCAUAUGACAACGAACAGUCAGAUCUGUUGCACCGUAUCCAAUCGGACUCUCGAAUUUCCAUGGUCCCCGUGGAGAACCGGCUUCUGAAGUUUUUCACCAUCCACGAAUUGAUGCGCUGGCCAGCCAUUGGACAGCAAUUUGGCCCCCAUUUGUGCAAUACCGAUGUCUUCAAUCCCCAGCCCAGUCAGUCGUCUGCAGACGACCAACCAUUCAAGAGGUGGCAAGAUCUUCGGAAGCGGGUUAUUGAACACAAUGUCCGCGUCGUGGCCAAAUAUUACACGCGGAUCCAGAUGGGCCGGUUGACUCAGCUUUUGGACUUGACCGAGGAAGAGACGGAGAAGUAUAUCAGUGAAUUGGUCACAUCGAAGACAAUCUAUGCGAAGAUCGACCGUCCCGCGCGGCUGAUCAACUUCGCCAAGCCGCGCGAUGCUGAUGAUGUGUUGAACGAAUGGAGUAGCGACAUGAAGAGCCUCCUGGGACUCUUGGAGCGCAUCGAUCACUUGAUCACCAAGGAAGAGAUGAUGGCCCGUAUCCUCCCCACUCGGGAGAAGGGCAAGGCCCGUUAA